AUGCGCACAGCCGCCGGCCUCUGGUGGGCGGCACUGCCCUUCGAGGCAGUUGCCGACGGCGAGCAGCUGCCCCUCACAUUCCCCUGCCACUUCCUCGCUUUGCUGCAAGAGGUCAGCUCUGUUUCCCAUUACCGACCUUUCUACUGGCUGAACAUCUGCAUCCACAGUCCUUGUCUUUGGUUUUCGCUUGUGGCGGCCCUUCGAGCGCUGCCGGUCAGCCUGGGCGCAGGCGCGGGAGGUCCGCGGUGCAGCGCUCCCCGGCCCGCGCGCAGUGCAGUCAUUCCUGUUCAAAUGUGCCGGCUGCCCAGCAGGUUGAAGCAGCCAGAGUACUACGCCCAGCCAAGCAGCUCCUUAGAGAAAACCAUACGGGCCUUAGCGGAGGAGAAAGAAGGGAAAUGCAGCUCCGAGAGCGCCAGCCCUUCCCGUAAGAGCUCGCGGAUGGGGAAGUCAGCGGGGCUGCCUUUUCUGCCUCUCGCUGGCUGCCACCCCCAGAGCUCUCCAGCCGGCGGCCGGCGGCUUAUUCAGCUCUGCUCUGCAGGCCGGGACAGUCAGGAUGCGGUGGGGGGGGGUCCCUACAUUCUUAGUCUGCUCUUGCUAAUGAGGCCGCCAUCCUGUGAGUCUGUGCGCACAUCUGUCUGCCACCCUGGGCCUUAG